CGUUUUAAGGUCAUUUUAACACGGCGUGUCUUGCCGAACUGGCAUGUAGGGGCUUUCUCGUUUCUUCCCUAAUCGACAGUUGACACUCUGAAAAUUCGGUUUUGCGAGCUCUCCUUCAAACGCAACGACUCAUUACCGCACAGCCAGUCUCCAUUUCCGACGAAGAUCUCUGGUUUAGAAUCUGCUGCCUGUUUUUGUAAGGUUCAUGACUUUCUAUUCAUGGCUAGUCGACAAAAUGGGUAUCUUUCUUUUGAAAGGUGACACUCUUAAUGUUAUGUAGUUUGCGAAAAUACUGCAUCCAUGGAGAAUCAGCAGAGUGGUACUGGUCCAAAAGGUCUAAUUAAGAGGCACGAGUUUGUCAGAGUUAUUAUUCAGUGUUUAUAUUCAUUGGGGUACGGGAAGUCUGCUUCUUGUUUGGAGUCAGAGUCAGGAAUUUCAUACAAAUCUGUAGAGUUCGAGCUGCUGGAAUCACAUGCACUCGAUGGAAAUUGGGACGGUUGCAUUGAUACCCUCACUGCAAUUAUGGAUUUGACGGGUGAGACGAGAACUUCUGCUUUGUACCUUGUGUUCAAGCAGUGUUUGUUGGAGUAUUUGAAUCGUGGGGAUGAUUCUUUAGCACUGUCUGUCUUGAGGAAAACGAUUCCCGCAUUACACGUGGGAAGGGAGAAGGCUCACAACCUUGCCUAUAGCAUUCUUUCCAUGAAUGAUAAGGAGUUGGGAAAGAUAGAUGAAUGUGUCAUUCAUGAAUUGAGGAAAACGUUGUUACUGGAUUUGGAAAAAUUGCUUCCUCCUCCCACUGUGGUACCUCAAAGAAGGUUGGAACACUUGGUUGAAACUGCCAUUUUGGCCCAGAUGGAUUCUUGUUUAUAUCACAAUACAGGCGACACAGUUUCGAUUUACGAGGACCAUUGCUGUAGUAGAGACCAAAUCCCUACUGAGACUGUUCAGAUCUUGACUGAGCACAAGAAUGAAGUUUGGUUUGUACAAUUUUCUAAUAAUGGGGAGUAUUUAGCCUCUUCAUCAAGUGACUGCACUGCCAUUAUAUGGAAGGUGCUGGAAGAUGGAAAACUGACUAUGAAACACGCACUACGAAGCCACCAAAAUCCUGUAUCUUUUGUAGCAUGGAGCCCUGAUGAUACGAAGUUACUGACGUGUGGAAAUGUAGAAGUCCUCAAACUGUGGGAUGUCGAGACAGGUACAUGCAAGCAUACAUUUGGGGAUCAUGGCUUCAUUGUGACCUCAUGUGCUUGGUUUCCUGACUCGAAGCGGCUUGUUUGUGGCAGUUCUGAACCUGAAAAGGGUAUCUACAUGUGGGACUGUGAUGGGAGUGAGAUAAAAGCAUGGAAAGGGAUGAGAAUGCCCAAGGUUGUGGAUCUUGCGGUGACACCAGAUGGGGAAAACCUCGUCACUGUAUCCUCAGAUAAAGAAAUACGGAUAUUAAAUUUGGGGACAAAUGCCGAGAACGUCAUAUCAGAGGAGCACCCAAUCACAUCCCUUUCAAUUUCCGCAGAUAGUAAAUACUUUAUCGUCAACCUAAACAGCCAAGAGAUCCAUUUGUGGGAUGUUGCUGGAAAAUGCGAGAAACCUUUGAAGUAUACGGGUCACAAGCAACACAAGUAUGUGAUACGCUCAUGCUUUGGUGGAGUGAAUAGCUCUUUUAUUGCCAGUGGUAGUGAGAACUCGCAGGUCUACAUCUGGAAUCAGCAAGUGUCCAGGCCAAUAGAGGUUCUAUUUGGCCAUUCAAUGACUGUAAACUGUGUGAGCUGGAAUCCUAGAAGGCAUCAGAUGUUGGCAUCGGCUAGUGAUGAUCACACAAUCCGUAUUUGGGGACCAAGCCAAUCCAAAAGGAAAACUGCCUGAUCAGCUCAUUUGAACUAGAUAAAUCAUGAAUUUAAAGUUUUGGUCUCAUGUAUAUAGCUUCUUUCUUUUUUUUUGUGCUAUUUAUUAGUGUAUUUGUAACUUACUGCCUUCCAGCGGCUCCUUUCCAAUUUUGUUUCAUAUUGUUUGUUGUGUAUACAUCCCUGUAACUGUGGUUCUUUUACAUAGUUUGAAAAGGAACUAGGCUAAAGUGUCUGUUUGCUUUA